AUGCCGGAGGCGCAUGGGGACCUUGUUCUUCUUCCACGUGUCUUGGCGCGUGCCUUCCGUUGCCUGCAGGAUGUGCCCAUUAUGCACUUUGUGGAAGUAAUCAAAGUCAACCGCCGUGGAAAGCGUCAACAACGUUUUUUUGUCAUCACCCCCACGCACCUAUACUCCUGUGUGGAGAAUGGCACCAUUCAGCGCUGCGUGCCGACGAGGAGCGUGGCGGAGGUGCACACGUGGGACGGUGAGCUGCCGCAAGUAGGGCUAAAGAUCCCAUCCGAGUACGACAUGCUCUUUUUCAUGAAGUCCGGUGCCGAUGUGGCGGGAGUCGUGGCGGCGCUGCAGUCUGCCACCCGUGAUGCUGCGAGCGGCGGUAGCGAUCGUGGCGAGUUUUGCCUUGUGGGGGCGACGGAGGCGCUGAGCGCGGCGGCGUAUGCUCUGGAGCGGCCGAAGUGGUUUGAGCAGGGGAUUUCCCGCACGCUUGACUGGUCGGUGGGGGGCGUCGGGGAGGUGCCCGCUGUGGGGACGAGCUACGGCGUGCAUCGGCCGUUUGUUUCCGCCAACACGGAGGGUCUGUUUCUGCGCGCACCAACGGCUGCGGCCGCCGUGUCUUCGUUGCCGCCCUUGUUUGUGGCCACAGGAGGAGUGACGUCGCCGUACCGGGGGGAAACUCCCCUGCCAGGUUCGUUACAGGGCACGCGGUGCCUCAGUCACGAUUAUAGCGCUGACGACGUGGCAGACGCCGCCGCUUCUUUCUUUGUAUCUCCCAACUCUUUCCACGUCGAGUCCGUAGAAGUGGGGGUGGGACAGAGGACGACGGAGGUGGAGACGCGGAAGCAAACAGCAGCCACGUCAGUUGUGUCUAAUAGCCACCACGACUACAGCGCAAGUGGCACAGCUGCUGUCGUGGCGGCGGAGCAGGCACUGUGGGAGCAACGGCGUCAAAUGCAGGCGGAGAGGGAGCUGUGGUGCCUGCUGCUCGCCGCUGAGAGGCGCAACACGUACCGCCUACGCCAGGCGAUAUCAGACUUGCGUGGGCAGGUGCUCGCACUCUCUUCUCAGAACCUUGCCAUGCGCACAGAGUUGCUCAGCCAGCGUGUUACUUGA